ACCUGAAUCCAAGAUGAGGUUUUCCUCCCACGGUUUUUGAUAUUAGAAAUCAGGAGGUCAUCUUAAAUUCAGAGCCCUUCAAGUAAAUAAAAGUAUAACUUGUACUUAAAUUACUUUUUAAGGGGGUCAUCUUAAAUUCAGCCAUCUUUGAUUUGAAUAAAUAGGGUAGGAGUUAAGUAGUUAGUUUCUAUCACCUGUUAACAUUUCACCAUCCUUUAUGGAACAGCAGAGCUACUGUUUUGUCCUCUCUUCCUUCAAACAUAUAUCAAAAGGUCCAUAUCCUUUCUCAGAGCAUCUUUUGCCGCUUUCAGCUCAUGCUGAACUUCAGCUUUCCUGACAUGCAGCACUGCUGAGCUCCACGUAAUGUAGCCUAGCUGCAGAAAGGGGGAACGUUAUGAGCGAAGCACGAUCCUCAGCCGGAAGUUCCUGGUCUCUUUGGGAAGCAAGCGCUUUCGACACCGGCUGUGCAGCGACUUUGCGGGGCGGCCCCUCUUUCGCCUCGGGUAUCUGGAGGAGCCGCAGUUGUGGGGUUUUCUCAGCCGUGGGUGACCCAGCGCAGCCGCCAUGGGGAAGAGGCAGCACCAGAAGGAUAAAAUGUACAUAACAUGUACAGAAUAUACGCAUUUUUAUGGAGGAAAGAAAGCAGAAAUUCCAAAGUCCAACUACAGACGUCUACCUUUUGAUCACUGCAGCUUAUCUUUGCAGCCCUUUGAAUAUCCUGUUUGCACGCCGGAAGGAAUGGUCUUUGACUUACUUAAUAUUGUUCCUUGGUUAAAGAAAUUUGGGACGAAUCCAAGCACCGGGGAGAAGCUCGACGCCAAAGCCCUCGUCAAACUCAACUUUGCUAAAAACAGCGAUGGAAAAUACCACUGUCCGGUGCUGUUCACGGUGUUCACCAAUAAUUCCCACAUUGUGGCCAUCAGGACAACUGGGAAUGUGUUUGCGUAUGAGGCAGUUGAACAGCUGAAUAUAAAAACAAAAAGCUACAAGGAUCUGUUAAGUGACGAACCGUUCACUAGGCAAGAUAUUAUCACACUGCAGGAUCCAACUAAUUUGGACAAAUUUAAUGUCUCCAACUUCUUCCAUGUUAAAAACAACUUGAAAAUGACCGAUCCAGACGAGGAGAAAGCAAAAUCAGACCCAUCUUACUACCUGAAAAACACAAAUGUCGAGACGCGAGAGACCUUGUCCGAGCUUUAUAAAGAGUUCAAAGGGGACGAGCUUCUGGCAGCCACCAUGAAGCCCCCCGAGAAGAAGAAAGUGGAUAAGCUCAAUGCGGCGCACUAUUCCACAGGCAGAGUCAGCGCAUCUUUCACCUCCACAGCCAUGGCACCUGAGACCACACACGAAGCAGCUGCCAUCGACGACGACGUGGUGCGGUACCAGUACGUGAAGAAGAAAGGUUACGUGCGGCUGCACACCAACAAAGGGGACCUCAAUUUGGAGUUGCACUGCGACAUGACCCCUAAAACAUGCGAAAACUUCAUUAAACUAUGCAAGAAAAAUUACUACGAUGGGACUGUUUUUCACCGAUCAAUUCGUAAUUUCAUGAUCCAAGGAGGGGAUCCAACCGGAACAGGAACGGGAGGAGAGUCUUAUUGGGGGAAGCCGUUCAAAGAUGAGUUCAGGCCGAACCUUUCUCACACAGGGCGUGGUGUCCUCAGUAUGGCCAAUUCGGGACCCAACUGUAACAAGUCCCAAUUCUUCAUCACGUUUCGCUCUUGCGCAUACCUGGACAAGAAGCACACGGUGUUUGGAAGAGUCGUCGGUGGUUUUGAGACCCUGACAGCCAUGGAGAACGUGGAGAGCGAUCCAAAAACUGACUAUCCCAAGGAAGAAAUAAAGCUCAAUUCAACAACUGUUUUUGUUGAUCCAUAUGAAGAAGCAGACGCUCAGGUUGCUGCAGAGAGAGAGAAGGCCCAGCAGGAAGAGGAAGCAGCAAAAGGGAAAACCAAAGUGAUCGUACUGAAGAAGGAACACCACACUCCGAAAACGUAUCGCGAGGGUGUGGGGAAAUACAUUAAUUUGACUGCAGCGAAGCGAGCAGCAGAAGAUGACGGACCAUCAACCAGCACAGCCACGAAGAAAGAGAAGAAAAGCACAGGCUUUGGAGACUUCAGCUCCUGGUAGUUAGCGAAAUAAGCCAAACCUAAAGAACAACUCCAUAGUCAAGCCUAGACUCUAGAUUGACUGUUCUGAAGAAAGCAAAGGGCUGAUCCCCACUCCAAAGCACAGGUUUUCUAACAUUCCUUAACUGAACCUUGUUUCCUCAGCUGCUCCUUCCUUUUCAGUACUUUCUUAUUCAGUAGCCAACAUGAGGCUCUCCAGUUGUUGGACUACAAUUCCCAUCAGCCAUAAUAACUUACAGCCUGGAAUGCCGCUAGUUGUUUUCUAACCACCAAAGUUUUUAAAUAUUUUAUUGCUUGCAGUAAUUAGCUAAGAUUCCCUUUCAAGAAAGAUUUGGAAAUGGAUCUCCUUUGUACAUAUGAAUACUAUUUUACUUGUAUUAAAAAAAAAGUCUCCCUUGAUUAAAAAAAGAAACUUAUUUGGACAGCUUCUGUAUAACAUUUUUCAUUAAAGGCUCACAUUUUCCGGUGACCACCA